GAAUAAAAAGGGCCCAGUUUCAUUCUCUUUCUCUCACUCACUUUCUUCAUCUCCAAACACACAAACACUCCAAACAUACAAACACAACAAUGUCAGACAAGGCUGUUCUCGUUACUGGUGGUGCCGGCUAUAUUGGCUCGCACACUGUCAUUGAGUUGUUGAACGCGAACCAAAACGUGGUCAUCAUUGACAAUUUGACAAACUCUUCCUAUGAGGCCGUCCGCCGCAUCGAGAAACUUACCGAGAAGAAGGUUACUUUCUACAAGGUCGACAUUCUUGACAAGAAGGCUAUGCUCGAGGUUUUCAAGCGACACGACAUUUGGGCUGUCAUUCACUUUGCUGGUCUCAAGGCCGUUGGUGAGUCGACCCGGAUUCCUUUGGACUAUUACCACAACAACAUUACGGGCACCAUCUUGUUGCUCGAGGCCAUGAAGGAGUCGAAUGUCCACAACAUUGUGUUCUCAUCUUCGGCCACUGUGUAUGGUGACCCCGCCAUUAUCCCUAUUCCCGAAACUCUGCCCACUGGCGCCACCAAUCCUUACGGCCGCACCAAGCAGUUUAUUGAACACAUCAUUCGCGAUCUCUGCACAGCCGAGAACAAUUGGAACGCCGCGUUGCUUCGUUACUUUAACCCAGCUGGUGCUCAUCCUUCCGGCAUCUUGGGCGAGAAUCCUCUCGGCGUUCCUAACAACCUGAUGCCUUACCUCUCGCAGGUUGCCAUUGGCAAGCGCGAAUGCCUGUCCGUAUUCGGUGAAGAUUACGACACCCCCGAUGGUACCUGUGUCAGAGAUUACAUCAACGUCAUUGACUUGGCCAAGGGUCACUUGGCGGCUUUAACCAAGAUGCGUGAACCUAAUGUUGGUUGUGCCGAGUACAAUCUGGGUACUGGACAUGGUAACACGGUUCUGGAGAUGAUCCACGCUUUCAGCAAGGCCGUGGGACGUGAUUUGAAGUACAAGAUCGUGGCACGUCGUCCUGGUGAUGUACGCAACCUGACGGCCAACCCCGAAAAGGCAAACAAGGAGCUGAACUGGAAGUGUGAAAAGACCUUGGAAGAGACUUGCGAGUCCUUGUGGAACUGGCAGAGCAAGAAUCCUAACGGUUUGGAGGAUUGCCCUGGCGAUGCUCCUGCCGAAAGCAUCAUCUGCUAUCUGUAAACCCUCCAAAUACCAUGUAUUAUUCUUCCUCCUCCGCAAAACUUACACAUUUACACUUACAGAAACCAAUUCGUCUUAAACUCCUUGUUCUCAAUCAUCCUCCUUGUUCGUUCUUUUGAUUCUUAUUUUUAUUCGUCCCUCUCGCACUUAGUCAUCCCGAAUUUUGGCGUAAUAUAGAUUCAACAUGUUUGCUAUUUUUACCAAAUCAUAACCGAG